AACCAAUCGGCCUCUGUUGAAGACGUCACAACACAUUCCAUGAUCACGGCCACAUAUACCGGAUCUAUUCCAAAGAUACAAUAUCCCGCUCUCCAUACUUAGCAGCAGAUCAACCAAAUCCAUAUUGCAUCCUCCUGAGAAAAGUAAUAGCUUGGUCAGCCUGCGCCAUGUCGACGGAGAGUAAUCUCCCUCUGAUACACCGCUACAUCACCACGCAUAGCAAAGAGGGCGAAUCCGUCUUCGUCUCCACGAGCCAGUUUCCCGAGUGCAUACCUGCCCGUCCUGCAGGAGAGGAUGGCGACCUGGCCCUUCUCUACGCAACCGCUUCAUGCCCCGUCCAGCCUCACGACGAAUAUGACGUCGCGCUAUACGACGAAUACCUGCACACGCCUCAGGGGCUCGUACCGCCCACAGGAUCCGUGAUCCGAACGAUCGAUCUACGACCGGGGAAAGUCACCCCCAUGCAUCGUACCGUCAGUCUAGAUUACGGCAUCCUCCUGGAAGGCGAAGUGGAUCUUAUCCUGGACUCAGGCCAGAAGCGGAUCAUGAGGCGCGGAGAUGUCAUCAUCCAGAGGGGAACGGCGCAUUCAUACAGGAACCGAAGCCAGACGGAGUGGUGUCGGAUGGUGUUUGUAUUUCUGCCCAUGGAGCAAAUUACAGUCGCUGGGAAGACCUUAGAUGCAGAGGUGUAUGAUGAGCCCUAUGAACUGGGAAAGCAGCAAUGAGCAAUGCUAUAUGAAUAUGUUUGUAAUAUCAACACACGAUCCGCGUAGCAUACUCUCGCUUGAUUUAUUAUUUGAACACAUGGGAUAAGUUUGAAUUGCUUCCG